CAGUGACAGCUUUCCUGCCCAUCCGGAUUCCGGACUCAGUUGAAUUCACUUCAUACAUGCGGCCUCGCGUUUUCUUUGACUUUGCAAUAGGCACUGAGCCUGCAGGGCGAGUCGUUUUUGAACUGUACAACGACACAGCACCAAAGACAGCUGAAAACUUUCGGGCACUAUGUACGGGCGAGAAAGGCCUUUCUGCAGUUUCCGAACGGCCUCUGUACUACAAGAAUAGCAUCAUUCACCGUUCCAUUCGUGAUUUUAUGGUUCAAGGAGGAGACUUUACGAAACGAAAUGGCGCAGGGGGAGAAUCCAUCUACGGCAGUGCAUUCCCUGACGAGGACUUGACGCGCCCUUUAGAAUCAGAAGGCCUUCUUUGUAUGGCCAACAAGGGACCUAACACCAACGGAUCACAAUUCUUCAUUACCCUGCGAGAUUGUCCGCAUUUAAAUGGCAAGCAUGUCGUGUUUGGCCGGGUCAUGCGCGGAUACGACGAAGUUGUGAAGAAACUGGCCGUGGUUCCUGUAGAUGAGAAGGAUAGACCUCAGCACCCUAUCGUUAUCGUCAACUGCGGUGAACUUGAACUUAAGAGGAAGGCAGAGGCGUCUCAAGAAUUAAAUACAGAAAUUCCUAGUCGAAGACACCGCAGCAGUCGCUCGCGCUCACGAAGUUCAGAUCAUGAUCGAAGCACUCAAAAGAGGAAAAAGUCCAAGCGCCGAAAACAUGAAAACAAAAGGGAUACCAACACAGACGACGAGGUUCGCAAGAACGAAGAUGAAAAAGUUCCUAAGCAAGAAACUGAAGAAGAGUAUGAUGCUAGACUUGAAAGGGAGGAGCAGGAACGGUUAGAUGAGGCUAAGCAAAGGGAACUGGAACGGAUCAAGCGCAAAUAUGAAUCUACGCCGCCUGCGACCGAAGGAGGUGUACGAUUUAAAGGACGAGGACGAAUGAAGUUCAUCGACCCCGAACUUCACCAUCGACGAUAGAAGAUCAUGUUCACAUUAUGUUCUAUAGUUUGCCACACCAUGCUCAUUAAAAUCACCCGCAAUACCCCAAAUCACAAAAUGUCAUGGAAAUCAGAGCAAGUGUGGAGAUAAAAAAAGUCAUAAACACAAUACACUACACGCUUACUUCUGUGACCUGCUCGGUAACUUCGUCCAUGGACGACUCUUCCUUCUCUUCAGCCCUGGCGUCUGCUGCAUCCUUCUUCGCGCUAGCAGCGCUGGCGAAGCUAAUCGAUGGUCUG